AUGUCUGAAACGAAUCCAAAUAGACAGUUAACCAAAGCCGACGUCCAAGUUGAACAGCUCCAGCAAAAUGACUUCGAGCGCUUCUUCGACAUCGGAAUUGCUUGCUUCGUCAAACAGCUAAAUGAUGGUUUUUGGAUCACCAUGCACCCAGGCUACGACACAGAAGCAGGCCGCAAAGCUGCAAUCGCACGGCUCGUGGCCAGGUUCAACUCAGUCACCACGAAUCAUGCCGGCCAGCCUAACACCAUCUUCCUCAAGGCAACCGUCCCGUCACGGACACAACCUGGUGCGCGCGAGAUCGCCGGCGUCGCCAUCUGGGACCAGGCCUCCACCGUCGAGGGCCAUGGCAACAUCCCCAUUCCAGACCUCGCGGAGGCCAUGGACUUGAAUGCGCUGUAUCCUGAACAGGAGGCGGAGCAGCGGUAUGCGCGGCAGCUAGACCGGUCGUUCCGCAAGCGCCGAAUUGAGGUUGUGAAUGAAGCCUCAAGUGCGAAUCCACCGGCGGUCUUUGUGUUGGAUCUUUGUGAAGUCGAUCCGGCGUUUCAGAGGCUAGGAAUCGCGACGAAGCUCGUGGAGUGGGGGCUUGCUGAAGCGAGGGCUCGUGGGGGCUUGGAGGCUGUGCUGGAAGCGUCGACGAUGGGGAGACAUGUUUAUCGGAAGCUGGGAUUUUAUCAGGAUGGCGAGUGUGAGUACAUUGUCGACGAGGAGUUCCAGGACCGCAGCAGGCCGUCUAAUAUCUUUAUGCGCACUGGGAGACUCGUGUAG